GAGCAGGCGUGCUGGAACAGGGAGAUCUGUGCAGGUCUGAAGAUCAGUAAAUGACCCACUACCCGUCCUAGUACACGGUGUUAUGCUGUGUAUACGCAUGUGGUGAGCGGGCACAAACUUCCCUGCUGCUGUCGCUCACGGCCACCUCCAAAGCUUCUGCUCAUCUUAGUUGUGCCCGUCAAAAUAUCGCCCAUCUCUGCACCGUUGACAACAAUUAGCUGCAAGUGCUGAUUGCUGCUGGUUGGCUCAGUCCAGAAUCAGGAGUGCGAAGCCUAAACAUAUGAAGACAGUGCGCCAUGCGGUGGCGAAGAGGACCAUCAUCAUCAUCGACACCAAUUUGGCAGCGCCGGCAGUGGUUCCUCAAAAAGCGUGGCGCGAGAGUGUGGCCCGUGGCCCGUGGCGUGAGCAGUGCGCGAGCUUCGGCGGUCGACGGAAAACAGCUUCCUCGCUGGGCGUCUGGCCCAUAGGAGCUAUCGCCGCCCGCGCCAAUACGCCACACCUGAAGCAACACUGUCGCCCGCUGGGAGGUUACCUCGCCCCGCUCUUCCGCUGGGCACUGGUCCAGGAGGGCUGGCGGUCCGGAACCGGGGCGCUCGAGCGUUCGGGUGAGCGGCCACAGGGCUACCCCUCCAGCUGUGGACGCGACCCGGUGACUGCGGCCGGCUACCUGAGCCCCGCGAGGCGGUCCGACCCGGCCGUCCGAUCUGCCGGCCGACACUGUUGUCCGACCCCACUGGUCACGGCUGUCCGACCCGCCGGCCGACACUGUUGUCCGACCCCGCUGGCCGGCAUUGGUUCGACGAGGUCUCAGACACGGCGACACACGCUUCCGCUGGAACUGGCCAACCGAAAUGUUCAUCUGCUCAUGACUUUCAAGGAAUUCUUGGAUUUACAACUUCUCCAUGCUCACUAGUGCACCCUGUGUUUCUUCCCCACUAGCAAUCAGCCCACGAGACACUAUAUUCUUGGUGUAGUAAUAAAAUAACUAACAACACCAAACACUAUUGUGGAUUGCCUGCGCUAUGAGUCUGGCGAAAAGAGAAGCAAACAUGUAGCACUCACCACACCAAUGUAGUCAAUGCCGAUCGAUCUCAUAAGCUGCCUGCCUGUAUUGUAAAGUCGGUUCCAUGUAUGGUGCCAUGCCAGGUGCCGAGAGAAAGAAGGGUUCCAAGCGAGAGUUACGAGAACAAGAAAAGGUUUUAUAUUCAGAAGUACAUGGUUCAGUUCUAUACACACAGCUCUUAACUUUCAGAGCAAACUGCUUGCUAGAGUCUUUGCAUGUCCGAGCUUCUUCCGUCUCACAUGCAUCCCGAUCCACUUUUUAUGCCAUUUAUUUCCCUCUUUCCCUCGUCAAGGGAUUUCACAGGAUAAUUACAAACGCCUUACCAUUCACCACCUCCUUCGCCCAAUGUUGCACAAUACGAGGCGGCUUCCACAUGACAAACUGAACUGGCCAUUGAAGCCUUUCCCAGUACUCGACAAUGACCCUCUCGUCAAUCAGUGACCUCUGCGUGAUGGUCAGGAGAGGGUGCCAUUGUUAUCAUGAAGAAGGCUGUCAUUUCUGGGUGCUCGAAAGCCAAAGAUCUGGAACAUGAUUACCUGUCCGUAAGACUCAUGUGAUGCUGAUUGAGCUUCCUUGAGUGAACAAUGAGGUGGGAUCAGCACCUGUGAUUGCCGCGUGUCUGCAGGUGAAUCAUCCUUUGUUCUGACCGAUCGUCGGGCACAACAGCAGCAAGUUGGUGAUCGUAAGGGUUGCCGAACAAGUUCUGCAGCUUUUGUUUGUGUAUCUCAACUGGGGAGCUCAUAUGCGUAUGUCCUAAGCCAUACUUGAGCUGUGCAACCCACCGAGGUAAAAUACUACGUUGGCAAGCAUGACAAGUCACACUGGUUAUUGGUGCUGACACGGUACAGGCUGAUCCAGUCAUCGACGUCUUCCCCAUUGUUCUCCAAGAAUACAUCAGGAUCGUGUGGAGUGGAGAGUGCGAUGUGACUCGGAGUAGCAGCAUGUGUUGGAGCCGGUUGAGUCGAGCUGUCAUCUUUGGGAGCCAUGACGGAAGGCUCGAUGUACCAUCCACUGCGAAGCUCCGUGACGGGGACAGGGCAUGGGUACCUCCACCAAAUAUGUUACAUGGGAAGUCACAGACAAGAAGCUACAUACAAGUUUAUUUACAAAAUGAAUACGCUGCACUUUGCCAAAAGACAACAGCCCAUAGUAGUAGUCUCUAAUUAUUGUCGUCAUCUUCACACUGCUGGCCUCUUGUUUAUCGUAACUACUGGUCCGUAACAAUAUUGAUAAUUCUGAAAACUGGGAGUUCUGUCAUCAUGAAGGUUGUAUCCAGUGGCCAUGCAGGGACCCUUUUUCACCAUGAACUGCUGUUUCAAAAAGGCGGGCUUUAUGCACUAGAGAAAAACCCUCAUGGUAGUAAUGGCAUCAUGUUGGAAGCUGCUAACAUAACCGAGCCCUGGGAGCACGUCACUGUUUCUAGCCUCGAUGUUGCUUUCUAGGCUCUCCAUAUUUAAAAAAAAAAUAUCUGAUAAGUGGUAAUGCAAGCCCAUCUGUUUCAUGAAUAAACAGUGCAUG